AUGAAUCGCUACAGUGAUAUUGAUUGUUCAUCUGAAACAUUGACACCUGUUUAUGGUUUUCUUAGUGAAGAACUUGUUUCAAUUGAAGAAGCAUUAGAACCAAUAGAAUCUCAAAUUGCUAAUUUAUCAGCUUAUAUUAAAAUAGCAAAAAAAUAUUGUCAUUAUCCAUCAGAACAUGGUUUAACACAUGAUGAAUCAGCGUCAAUUUAUAUUUAUACAAUGGAGUGGGGUGAACAAACUUUAUAUCGUGUUUUAAAUAAAACUUUAAGAAAUGAAAAUAGACAUUUAUUAAAAGUAUGGUUUCCUUAUUUGAAAUUAUUUAAUACAGCAUUAAAUAAAUUACCAACUGUGAAAGAAAAUGUAUGGCGUGGUAUUACUACAGAUAUUGGAAAAAAUUUUCAUGAAAAUGACACGAUAACAUGGUGGAGUAUUAGUUCAUGUUCAUCAAAAGUCAAUGUUAUUAAAAACUUUCUUGGAAAUAAAAAAAAUUCUACAAUGUUUCUAAUUGAAGUAUUGAAUGGUAAAAAAGUAUCUGGCUAUGCACAAUUUGCAAAUGAAGAUGAAAUCAUUUUAAGAACGGGAACGGAAUUUCGUGUAAAAAGUAAUGCAUUAGAUCAUCCAAAUGGAGCAUAUCUUGUUCAUUUAAUUGAAAUCGAUGAAGGCAGUAACGAUAAUAAUCAUAUAUCAACAUUGGCAUCAUCAAUCGAUCAAAUGCAAUUAACAACAAAUCAGAUGAAUUCAGAAAAUCAAGAAUUUGCUGCACCCGGUGAGUGCAAAGAGCUUGAUUGUAAGGGUCGUAUUUGUGCCAAAUGCGGUAAGUGUCGUGAUUGGUACUAUACUGGCAACUCAGUGACUUUUAAUUGGAUCCGUCGUUGGAAAACUUGGACCGACAGUGAGUGGGCUGAUUGGUACAAUGGUUCUUUUUAUCAGCUUUUCGAAAAGCGUACUGAUGGUGCGACAUGUCGUCGGGGUGGCGGUACUGCUUAUCUUAUUCGCUUUGGUACUUAUUUUACUAGUUUUUUUGGUCCAAGUUUUCGCGAUAAUUUUCUUGCUUAUGCUGCUCCUUGCUUAUGUUUGGAUAAUAUUCGUAAUUGA